AUGAAAGCUUUAUGGGACCUCCUUAAGCCAAGUGGUGAAUUCACUGGAUUACGUCACUUCUAUGACACUCUUGAAAUUCUUAUUCGUGGAUUAGAUACCCUGGGAAAGUCAGAGAAUACCUACGGUGACCUGUUAGUGCCUAUCGUCCUUGAGAAGCUUCCAGGAUCUAUUCGACAACAAUUGGCAAGAACCCACGGUAGUAGUGAUUGGAAGUUGAAAGACUUACGAAAGAAUCUUUUGAAAGAAAUCGAAGCUAUUGAAGAAGGAAAUGUGACCAGUUACACAACUCCCAGUGCUAUCUCGUCUUCAACUGCAGCUUUCCAUACGGAUACUAAACCGUUUCAUAAGACAUGCGCAUUCUGUAAGGACGCUUCACAUAAUUCGGUGAAUUGCAAGACAGUAAUAGAUCAUGACAAACGUCAACAAAUCGUAAAGCGCGAUCGUCUUUGCUUUAACUGCCUUGGCAAUCACAAAAUAAAGGACUGUAAGUCGAAACGAACAUGUCGCCACUGUAGCCGGAAACAUCACACGUCCCUCUGUAGGUCAACCAAUACGGGAUCCGAAACAUUAAUGACGCAAUCAACUACGUGUACGGAUAACGAAGUUAAAGCCUGUCGAAAUACGACGCAAGUUCACGCUAAGUCGGUGUCAGCAGGUGACGUCAAUGUUGACGGUUUGUCGAAGUCGGGAACAGUUUUACUGAAAACAGCCGUUGCUGAAAUCUCUUCUGGAUCAAAUACUUAUACAGCGACGAUACUUUUCGACGAAGGCGCAACACGAUCGUUUAUAACGAAGGAUUUCGCACGAAAGUUGGAUAUCACGCCGGAGGGAUCGCAGAAAAUUCAACUUGCUGCAUUCGGUGGCAAACCUUCUCAUGUCAAAUUCUACGAUAAGGUGUCAUUCGCAGUGCAUACGAUCACCGGUGGAAAGAUGGAUAUUUCAGCACUUGUAGUUCCGAAAAUUUCCGCUCCCAUCAAAAACUUCGUUAAUGCUUCACUCUUGGAUUUACCUCACCUACGGGAAUUACCUUUCGCUCAUCCAGUUUCCAAUGUGGAUUCGUUCGAGAUAUCGGUUCUCAUCGGGGCCGAUUUCUAUUGGGAUUUCAUGAUGGAUCACGUAAUACGAGGCCCUGGACCCACUGCAGUGCAGUCCAAGCUCGGUUACUUACUCUUUGGCCCGAUAUACAAGGAAUCUCAUGAAUCGAACACUACGAUAUUACACAUAGCUACUAAUAUUCUCGAUGAGAAAACCAAACUUCAGGAAUAUUGGGAUUUAGAAACGUUAGGUAUCAAAGAUGACCCAUCUGACCUAUGCAAGUCAAUGGAUUUUGAGUCAUAA